UCUACCUCAGACUAGGUGCUGGCUCCAGGUGAACGCUGCUCCGUCUUCCUCUGGAUCUUACACCUUGACCGUGAACAGUAAGAUCAAGGCGAUAUUUACAUCAUAGCCGACGCCAACGAGAGAUUAUUACGUGCAAUCCAGUCCAGACGGGUAUACAAAGUACAGUGCAGAGUUAGUUCCAGCUUGUCUUGAGCGCCACCUCUUAAGGGCGUUUGUUGGUAGCGACGAAAUGACUGGUCUUCCCCCUGGCGGGUGGGUUCGACCCCUGGGAGUGGAGGAAACGCUGGUGGCUGCCUAUAACACAGCUGGCAACAUGACCAUCGCACACGCACUCUGGCUCACCUCCACCAUUCCCCUCACGCACUCCAACCUCUCCAACGCACUCUGGGCUCUCUACAGGGCAGUGCCAAGCCUUCGCCUAUGCGUGAGGACCAAUCCGGACACCAAAAGUCUUUGGUUUCACCACGCGGAGGCCGCCUCCAGGGGCACGCAGGACCUACAGGAGGUGCGGGGACAGAGGUUCACCAGCGCGUACCACCAGGUAUUGCACAAAGUGUACCCACUCCAUCGUGGCCCCCUCUGGUGCCUCCGCUACCUCAACCUCCAGCACAACACUGACGACUCCUACCAGGACCCAGACGAAGACAACCCCGAGGACUAUUGCUCCUGCAGUGCUCAGGACGAGGCUAACAGUAAGUGCCUUGAAACCCAGUGCCACACAGGCCCCAGUACCGAGACGAUAAGUGAUGAACACUCUGCAACUUGCAAACAAACUGUUAAAAACUGCGAGCAAGUUGAGUGGGUUUGUACAGACGGCAAUGAUGCAGCUUCUGGAGGCCUUCCUUCAACUGUUCCUAGCGGGCAAACUUCAACAUUCGGCGAUGGCGUUUCUUUGGGACACAAACAGCCAGGUGCUGACCUCGGGAGAGACAGUGGCCGACAGGGGACGAACAAGUAUAUUCUCAUCUUCGGCUUCAGUCACGUCAUCACUGAUGGGGUGUCCAACAUGCGAAUUACUCACCACUUUCUGGACCUCCUCAACCAGGAGCUGCGCAGCGCUGCCGGGGGAGAGGACGUGACGAGAGGGCAGGAAGAAGUGGAAGAGGUCGGGGUGUUUACCUCGCCAGUGGCCGAGGAACAAGCCUUAGAAAGGAAGGAGAGAGACUUGGUGUUUGCUGCCGGUGAUGGGCCCAACGCCUCCCCUGCUAUCUACAUGGCACUCUACCCUCCACACACUCGAGACGGCGCAGGGGCAGCGACGCAGACGGUGUUCCUGCCGGGGCUGACGGUGGGACAGACGUCGGCCCUACGGCAGCAGUGUCGCGCCCACGGCGUCACCGUCCACGCCGCCUUCACCGCCGCCGCUGCCUUGGCCAUGCUGCGCCUCCUGGCCGACGCCUCUAAGGACUCGAGGCAGCCACCGCAGGAGCUUCUACAGUCCCUGAUGACGUUCCACGACGUCAAUUUGCGGCGGUACUGGCAGCAGCAACCCGCCAAGGACGUAAUGGGUCUUCAUGCCGCCAUUUUCGAACUCAUCAUCCCGACACCUGGUGAGAGGAAGUUUUGGAGCUAUGCCAGCCAGCUGCACACACUGCUCAAGCAGGAGCUAAAUAAGCAGACAGUCCUCCAGCAGGUGGUGUGUGACUCCACCUGUCAGACCCCGGAGCAGGUCAUCAAGGAGGGUCAGAACCCCAGCCUCACACGCGCCUACUUUGGGAUCACCAACUUGUGUGACCUGACCUUCCUCCUCCCCGGCACCGUUCAUCUACCUCCUGCUCGUGUGACCCGCACGUCUCACUCCAAGGAGACGACGAGUACUCGAGUCCCGUCCCACGUCGAUUGCUCCACUAGGCCGGGUGGCUUGGCUGUGGGUGACCCGGCUGCUGUGGGUGACCCGGCUGCUGUGGGUGACCCGGCUGCUGUGGGUGACCCGGCUGCUGUAGGUGACCCGGCUGCAGUACAUCUAACUCGCGUACAUCACUCCACCACCUGCCACUCCACUGGAGUGGUCUGCCAGCACCUCCUACACACCUUCCGGGGCAGACUCCUGUACAACCUCGACUACUUCACCGACAAGAUGCGCCGUCAGGAGGCUAUCAAGUAUGCCCGCCUCACUCUCCAUCUCCUCCUGCGUGCCCUCCGUGACUCGUCGUGAUCUGGGGGAGGAGGGUUUGUGACACAUGAAAGGUUUUUGUGACGUGAUAAGGUUUUGAGUCUGGGACGCAGGGAUUUUAUGAUCCAGGACAGAAUUUGUGAACGUUGAGUGGAAUUAUUGUACUCGGGAGAGAAUAUUGUGAUCUGGCGGACGAUUUUUAAGUCAUGAGAGUAGAUUUUAGUCCCUAGAAAAAUAUUUUGGGUCCUGGAAGACGAUAUUGAACUUAGGAGACGGUUUUGAUCCUAGCAGACUCUUUUGGACCAUAAGAGAAGACUUGAGUCUUGGAAACAUUACCUACGAUAUAAAAGUUCCCGAGUCCGACUAAAUCUAUGCAAAUACGUCAUGUAAAUAAAGGGACCUCAUAUAUAUGAAGCUCCCUCAUGCGGUAAAGAUGUCGCAGAGUUUUGCUCUCACGUCACUUGUCCCUCGACAGAAUCCUUGGAGGAUUCGAUUCCUUUGACGCCGCUCCUCUUGUAACACUUUUGCUCUCGUAUUGGCAUCAUGUGUGACGUUUAGAGCAGACAGUGCUGCAUAGUCUUCUUGGCUCGGCGCCUUCUCCUGAUAAUAAAGUAAGAAAUUGUUCGCCCUAUCCUUUAUUCAAAAGAAAAUCAGUAACUUCCUCACCAUCGUAUUCCAUCCAGUUGUAAUUCUCUGCAGGGCAAUUUGUAGCGUUAAAUGACAUCUCUAUGAGAAAUUUUGAAAUAAUUCUCCCUGUACAAUAGUAUUUAAAAAUAAAAUUAUUUAAUUAA